AUGGCGUUCCAAGAUUUCGACCUAAUUUCGCAGCGCCGGGAGCAGCAGCGCAAGCAGAAGAUCCGUCGCCGGCUAAUGAUCGCCUUAACCGCCACAUUCAUCGUCCUCCUCCUCGCCGGCGCCGCCGUCGGCGUCGUAAUGUACAAAAACAGUCAGGCCGCCGGCGAGGACCACUCCAGCGACGACGGCAAGAAGUCGCCGCCAGAAACCGGCACGAAAUCCGUCGCGGCGGAGACCAAAGCCGUCAAGACCGCCUGCGCCGCCACCGACUACGCCAAGACAUGUGAAGGUGGCCUCGAAAAAGCCGUCGUCAAGAGCUCCGGCGACAACCUGGCUCACGACAUCCUCAAGGCCGCGCUCUCCGUCGCCGCCGACGGCGUCAAGACGGCGACAGAGAAGUCGUCGAGCCUCAAGCUCGACGGAAACGGCGGCCUAAAGGAGGCGGCGUACGAGGAUUGCAUGGCGCUACUUCGCGACGCGCGGGACGAGAUCAGCGACGCGAUUGCCGCUGUCGAAUCUGAAGGCGUUGGGAAAUUUUCCUCCGUGAAGCCGGAUCUCGACUCCCGGUUGAGCGCCGCGUUGUCGUACCAACAAACAUGCGUCGACGGUUUCCCCGACGGCGAGGCGAAGAAGGCGAUGGAGAAGUACCUGAAGACCGCGAAGGAGCACGGUAGCAACGCGUUGGCGAUCGUUUCGCAAUCAUCGUCGUUGUUGUCAAAGUUGAGCUCGUCGAGAAAGCUUUUGGCGGCGGAUGAUUCCGGAUUGCCAUCAUGGAUGCAUCCGGAAGCGCGGUUGCUAAAGUCGGAUUCAACGAAAUUCACGCCAAAUGUUACCGUCGCUAAAGAUGGGAGCGGUAAUUUCUCGACGAUCAACGAGGCUUUGAAGGCAAUGCCGAAGACUUAUAAAGGACGCUACGUUAUCUACGUGAAAGAAGGUGUGUAUGACGAGAGCGUAAAUGUAUCCAAGGCCAUGACGAAUGUGACAAUGUACGGUGACGGAUCGCAAAAAAGCAUCGUCACCGGAAGCAAGAGCUUCGCCGAUGGAGUGACCGCUCUUCAAACCGCGACAUUCGUCGUCUUCGGCGACGGCUUCAUGGCCCAAUCCAUCGGAUUCCGCAACACUGCCGGCCCCGACAAGCAUCAAGCGGUGGCGCUACGUGUCCAAGCUGAUCGUGCUAUAUUCGUCAACUGCCGAAUGGAGGGCUACCAAUCGCCCCUCCUAGCCCAAUCCCGGCGCCAAUUCUACCGAAGUUGUUACAUCACCGGCUCCAUCGACAUCAUCCAAGGCGAUGCGGCGGCCGUCUUCCAAAACUGCGUGAUCUACGUCCGAAAAGGCAUCGAGAGCCAACCAAACACCGUGACGGCCCAAGGUAGGACCGACCGGCACGAGACCACCGGAUUCGUGCUCCAAAAUUGCAAGAUCCUCGCCGACAAAGAACUCGAGCCCGCGAAGGACAAGUUCAAGAGCUACCUCGGCCGGCCGAUGCAACCCUACGCCCGAACCGUCGUGAUGGAAUCCGAGAUCGGCGACGUUAUCGAGGCGGAGGGAUGGAUCGAGGGCCCGAACAAUGCGACGUUCGUCGAGUACAAGAAUGAGGGCGCCGGAUCGAAGACGGCCGGGAGGGCGAAGUCGGAACAGUACAAGUUUGAUGUUGGAAAAGACGAGGUUUUGAAGUUUACAGUUGGGGCAUUUUUGCAAGGGGAGAGUUGGAUCAAGAAUGGUGAUGUUCCUGUCAAGUUUGGGAUGUUCCAUUGAUGGAAAGCUUUGAAGGUUUUGUGUGAUCAAUAAUGGAGGAUCAUCAUCAAUUUGGGCUUGUGAAAAUUGCAAGUUGUGGUGAUGUGAAAAAAGUUCAUCAAGAAAAUGAUAUAUAUGAAAGAGAGUGGAUUCUAUUGUGUUUGUGUUUUUCAAUCUUACA